AUGUUUUCUUCAAGCAUCUUUGUCAUUGUUGCUUUUGCUGCUACGAUCACCUACCUCAAUGCAACAACGUACGUAUGUGAUAGAAACCAAGGAUGUGGCUGUUCAAAAUAUGAUACAACAACUGUGAACGCACGUAUCGUCAAUGGUGAAGCAGCAGCAGCUGGUACUUGGGGCUGGGCUGCCUCUCUAAAAUUGAAUUCAGAGAAUCCAAAUUUUUGUGGUGGCACAGUAAUUGAUGAACAACAUAUCCUAACUGCUGCACACUGUAUUGCUGACUUGGGUGAAUAUGGAUUCAGUAUUUAUGAUAUUGAAGUUCGUCUUGGUCUUAUUGAUAUCUCAGAUCCCGGUCCACAUGCAGAAAGCUAUAGUUUGGAAAGCGCCACAAUUCAUCCCAAAUACAAUACUCAUGAUGCUGCAGCAGGUUAUGAUAUAGCAGUACUAACACUAAGUCGAGCCAUUGAUUUCAAUCGAAACGCAUUCAUUUCAAAAGUAUGCCUUCCGUUUCUCAACUCUACACCACCAAGUGAUUUAGCAAAUCCAGAAUAUCCAUUGCCGAACACGAAUUUGAUUGCAAUUGGAUGGGGUGUUAAACGUGAAGGUAGUCAUAUAACAUCCGACACUCUUCAACAAGUGACACUACAGGCAAUUGAUAAAGACGAUUCGAAAUGUCGCUAUCCAGCAGAUUUUCCGAUACCAGCACAAGACAAUAAUCCACAGAUACAAAUGUGUGCUACUGCUCCGGGCAAAGAUACAUGUCAAGGUGAUAGUGGUGGACCACUGCUAAUGUUUCGCCCAGAUACAAAAGUUUGGGAAUUAGUUGGUGUCACAAGCUUUGGACAAGGAUGUGCAGAAGCAUCGUACUCUGGUGUCUACACACGAGUUGCUGCCUAUCUUGACUGGAUCAAACAGAAUGCACCGACACCUGCGCCCACUCAAGCAACUACUCCCGCAUCGACACCUGGGUCAACUCAAGCAACUACUCCCGCAUCGACACCUGUGCCAACUCAAUCAACUACUCGCGAACCGUCCACUCAAUCAACUACUCGUGCACCGUCCACCCAAUCAACUACUCGCGGACCGUCCACUCAAUCGACACCAGUGAAAUCCUCAACUACGCCUUAUUACAAUGGUGCACAACCACUGCGUGGAUUUGAUGGUCUUAUCAACUUUCGAAUUUGUUUAGUUUUACGUGCUGGUACACGUGUUGAUUUUGUCGAUUUAGCUGAAGUAGAUCCUGAACCUGUUUGUACCAUUCUAUGUGAUAUCACACUUUCUUCUUGUGUAACCCUUCACUCCUCAAAGCUAGUUGUGACAGAUCCACUGGAAACUUAG